CAGUAGCCUAUCGCAGCCGGCUGAAGGGCAUCUAAUGAUGGACCGGAGGCGGAGGCAACGAGGAGAGUGCUGGAGCCUCGGAGAAAAACCAGGGAGUCUCACUUCCGAGAUAGGACCUAUCCGCGACCUGAGCGAGCUUCUUUAUUUUACGCACAAAGUUUGAUUUCACGCGCAAAUUCAAUCUGAAUUGUGAGGGGUUUUCUUCUUUUGCGUAAAAAUUACCGUCGAUUCUGGACUUUACGCAGUUUUACUCAACAGACAACCUCUCCUCCUGUGGAAGGAUAAGUGCUCCUGCUCUGCUGCCGUGUGUGUGUGUGUGUGUGUGUCUGUGUGUGUGGGUGUGCGUGCGUGCGUGCGUGCGGAGAGGGAUUGAACAGGGACAUCCAUCUAUCCAUAGCCUGAGGAGUCAGAUCAGACCGGAGCGUCUCUUUGGACACGACCUCAUCCUAGAUCUCAAAACGGAAACAAGUCAGAUUUCAGACUGAACGGACUAAAACCGAGAUGCAGCAUUAAAGUUAAUCCGGCUGCUCCAAAGCGCACGAGACACUCACAGGAGUUCAGGUCGGACUGAACCAUGUCGGAGCUGCUGCUGGGAGCUGCUGUGCGUAAAAGCAGCCGCUCACCGGACAGGAAGUGAACUAAUUAUUAUUAAACCCCAUCCCUCAUUUCCAUAUCUAGCGUGAGUUGGCUGGAGCGCAGCCAAUCACCCCGAGAAGGGCAGCGAGAGUCGUAAAAGCAUUAUCCUUUCCUCCAUCAUAAUUACACUGACAUGCGCAAUCUGCACACGGGCAUCAACAGCAGCCUCCGUUCGCCUAUUUCACCGACCCCGCUCCCCGGGAAGGGUCCCAGUCCCUGCUGGUAGAUGGUUCGGGGGAAGGCGGCAGCGAGUCGCACAGAAGGAUCAACAUGUCCCGCCGCAAGCAAGCCAAGCCGCAGCACCUCAUGUCCGACGAGGGAGCCGCACACACCGGACUACCCUGCAGUGAAGGCAUCAUGGAGAGAGUGGCGACCAGUGGAGGCUGCCACAGUGAGGAAACACACAUCUGUGACAAGUGCUGCGCAGAGUUCUUCACUUGGACUGAACUGAAUGAACAUCAGAAGGUCUGCACUGAGGAUCCCUUGGUGCUGAUAGUUAAGGACAAUGAAGGGAUGCCUGUUCCUGAGGAGUCUCCUGUGGGACCCUCUCCGGUUCCCAGCCUUGCGUCCAGUGACUCAUCCGCAGCCGAGUCCGCAGACGCCUGCUUUGAGCUGGGAGAGCCGCUGGUGAACGACAAUGACAGUGUGGAUAAUUUAGAGGACGGCCGGGAGCAGGACCAAGCCAUGGAGCUUCAGGACAAAUACACCACAACCUCCAGCCCUCAGCCUUCAGACUCAGCUGAGUCCACUUCCCCGCAGAUGUCAGCAGCUGGCAGCUACAGCAUGCCGAGUACAAAUGUGACGCUGGAGAUCCUUCACAGCACCAGAGUUGCUGUGGCCCAAUUCUCCCAGGGGAUCAACAGCAGCGGCGCAGGAGGGAAAGCGGCUUCAGCAGCCAUCCCUGUGAUCCUGGAGCACCUGCUGGCUCUGCAGCAACAACAGGUCCACCAGCUGCAGCUCAUUGAGCAGAUCUGCAGCCAGGUAGCCAUCAUGAACAGACAACCAACACAAGCUGCGUUAAACCCGGUCUCCAGAUCCCUGUCUCUGGCACCUAACCCCUUCCCCUCCCAAGGCAUCGUCCCUCCUCCCAUCCUGCCACUGUCAGGGACGAUGCCAUCCACUGUUAACGGACAGGCUGCUGUUUCUUUGUCUUCUGUGCUUGAAAAGUCACAAAAUAUCCCGUCACAGACUGUAUGUGGGAAGUCCAACUUUAGAGACGUUACAUGUACCUCAGCUCCCCCAGAAAAUUCAGCUCCAUCUCUGUCCAGCAGCAGCAACAGCAGCAGCAGCAUCUCCACGUUACUUCCUCCUUACACAGGCUCACACACCAGCAGCAUUAGCUGCACUCAAACACUGAGCUCCUCCAGCUCGCUGUCCCUGGGGCAGAGUGGCCUCCUCAGCUCAUCCUCCAGCCUGCCAUUUCUACCUCAGAGCCCCCCCAGCAGCGUCAUUUUCCCCAAUCCCUUGGCUAGCAUCGCUGCCACAGCUAAUGCACUUGACCCUCUCGCAGCCCUGAUGAAGCACAGGAAAGGGAAACUGCCUAACGUGUCCUUGUUUGAAAUGAAGCCCAGCCCAGAGGAACCCUUCUUCAAACAUAAAUGCAGGUUCUGUGCCAAAGUGUUUGGCAGCGACAGUGCUCUGCAGAUCCACCUGCGCUCCCAUACAGGAGAGCGCCCCUUCAAAUGCAACAUCUGUGGCAAUCGCUUCUCCACGAAAGGGAACUUAAAGGUGCACUUCCAGAGGCAUAAAGAGAAGUAUCCUCAUGUUCAGAUGAACCCCUACCCAGUGCCAGAAUAUCUAGACAAUGUGCCAACAAAUUCUGGGAUUCCCUAUGGAAUGUCCAUCCCUCCAGAAAAACCAGUCUCCUCGUGGCUGGACAGCAAACCCGUUGUAGCAACUCUGCCAGCCACCAUGGGUCUUCCAUUUUCCUCCACUAUUACCAGUAUCGGAGGCUCAAAUGACCCUGUAAGUGUAACACCAUCCGUUAAGUCGCCCUACCAGCCAGCUCCUGGUGAAUGUAUAUCUUUGUCACCUAACCACAGAGGCAGUGAGGCUCAUUUCUCUCCUGUUUCAGAGUCUCCUCAAUCAAACCGUGAGACAGAAGCAUCCAAUAUACUGAAAACAGAGGGAGUACACCUGCCCCAAAGCUGCACCCUGAGACUGAGAGCCAACCCGGUAACAGAAGCAACCAGCACUACGAUCCCAUCUGUGGCCACCACGCCUGAACCUGUCACCUCAGCUUCCCCCGUCCCCAACUCUCCAACUCUCUUGUUCAGCUUAGACGAAACUAAAUUCCCGUCUGGCAGCCUCCUGGAUUCUAUGCAAACCUCUGAAACCUCAAAGCUUCAGCAGCUGGUGGAGAAUAUCGACAAAAAGAUCACAGACCCCAACCAGUGCGUCCUCUGUCACCGCGUCCUCAGCUGUCAGAGCGCGCUGAAGAUGCACUACCGCAUUCACACUGGGGAGAGGCCCUUUAAAUGCAAAGUGUGCGCCAGGGCUUUCACCACCAAAGGCAACCUGAAGACACACAUUGGCGUUCACAGGGAGAAUCCCCCGGUUCAGGUGCAACACUCAUGUCCUAUUUGCCAGAAGAAGUUCACCAACGCUGUUGUUCUUCAGCAGCACAUCCGUAUGCACAUGGUGGGGCAGAUUCCAGACUCGGCCCUGGUGGACGGGCUGCAGGAGAUGGACAGCGACAUCUCCAUAAACGGGAAGAGCUUUGACAGUCUCAGCAGCAAUGGCAAUGACUUGAUCGAUGACAUUUCAAUGGAGGAUGAUAAUGAGGAAGAGGAGGAGGAGGUAGAAAAUAUGGAGGAAGGUGUGAGUCCCUCUAAACCCUUGAUCUCUGCUUGUAAUUCUCCUCCUAAGCCCUUCGCCAUUGUUUCAAGUUUAGCAGCUCUGGAGAACCAAAUGAAGAUGGUAGACUCCACUGUAAACCUAAACCAUUGUUUCGGCUUAAAACCCCUAACAAACGGCUUCAAUGACAGCAGCCAACUCAAUAUUAAAUGCGCUUUAUCAGAGAAAAUGGUGGAGAAUUCCAGUGUAAACAGCCCAAAUGUGUCAGAAUCCUCCUGUUCACCUCAUGCAUCUGCAUCUCCGAUUCAAAGCAACUCAGAAGGCGUGACGAUCAAAUCACCUGCAGUGAACCACAGCAUGCCAGAAUCUCAAGAGCCUUUGGCAACCUCAGUGAAGAGAGAGCAAUCUGAGUCUCCUACCUCUGCAUCGGCAGCUGCAGCAGCCCAGGAGCGGAGAGGAAUACAACCCAGUAAACUGUGUGUGAAAGAGGAGGCUACUUACAGUAUGUCCUUCCAGCUGAGCAGAGACAGAGGUCAAAACAUUCCAAGCAUGGUUACCAGCACAUCAUCAGGCCUCAUAAAAAACGAGCUGAACACUCACAGUCAACCAAACAACCUUAGCGAAGGUCAGCACCCGCCGUUUAGUGUCCACAUCCCUCCGGCUUACCCGUCAGUCGGCAGCCCGGGCAUGACUUCCCUGCUCGGCCCCGCGCCCCCUCGACGGACACCGAAGCAGCACAACUGCAACGUCUGCGGGAAGAACUUCUCGUCGGCCAGCGCUCUACAGAUCCACGAGCGCACACACACCGGGGAGAAACCGUUUGUCUGCUCCAUCUGCGGCAGAGCUUUCACCACAAAAGGCAAUCUGAAGGUUCAUAUGGGAACUCACAUGUGGAACAACGCACCAGCCAGGAGAGGCAGGCGGCUGUCGGUGGAGAACCCCAUGGCCUUACUGGGUGGAGAGGCCAUGAAGUUUGGGGAGAUGUUUCAGAAGGACCUGGCAGCUCGAGCCAUGAAUGUAGAUCCUGGCUUUUGGAACCGCUACGCAACAGCCAUCACCAACAGCCUGGCCAUGAAAAACAACGAGAUCUCAGUGAUUCAGAACAGAGGCAUCUCUCAGCUUCACCCUCUGACUGCAGGCAUGGACAGAGUGAGCACCACAGGAAGUCCAAUCACCAGUAUAACCAAGACAGGCAUGGACCUGGGAAAUAACAGACAUUUUUCUAUGCUGAUUGAUGACAGCAAAGAAAUUGGAAUCAAUUGAAUAAAGCUGAAUGGUGAUGAAAUACUUAUGCAAACUAUUAUGGACGUUAAAAUAUUUGUAAAACAUCUUGUUUGUUCCUAUGUAUUAUAUAUAGACUUAAAAAAGAACUUUUUAUCAAUUGACAGAGAAUAGUAGGGUAUUCACAUUUUGCUAUUUUACUUUGCAGUCAUUUGUGAAUGUUUUUUUCUAUACAUGAAAUAAGUUGUUUAACUUGUACCUGAAAAUUCCUACGGUGCUUAGACAUAUGGUCACUCUGAAGAAGGGAACAUAUGUUCAAAUCAAUAAUGCAAAGAGUCUGCUAUCUUCUCCGGACAGCUGCCCAAUGCUGCUAGCUGGUGCAAAGCACAAAAUAUGCUCAUAAAUACCCACAACAACAAACUGUAAUGGUCUGUUGUCAAUGUUCUGGUGAGAAAUUGUUGGACCGAAUAAAAAAUAGAACAAACCGUCUGUAUCUUCAGUUCACUACCUCACUCUGUUUAAACACACUGAAAAGAGUUUAUUGUCUUGAUGUUAUUUCACACAUUUCUUCAUAGGACUGAACUCUUUCAUCUCCUUUUCCUUCAUCGGCAGAAAUACUUUUGCAAACAUGAGCAUUUUGUAAUAAAGGAUUUUUCUUUUUUUUUCUCCCAAAACAAAUGACUCCUGUAUAAUGUAAAACAGGAGGAAUCACGCAUGUACUUAUUUGCACUCAAACAAAAAGCAUUUGUUAAAA